AUGGCUUCUUCCGAAGUUUUCGUCCAGCACGUCUCUUCGUUUGCCUGUAUUCUAAGCGGCCCACAUUAUUCAAUGAAGCCAAAGAAAAUUACGGCGUUCGUGGCCCGUCUUUUCUCUUUUACUUUUUUUUUUCUGGCCAUUUGUUGCAUUUUCAAUCUACUUUUCAAAUCUAUCUGUCUGUCUAUCUAUCUAUAUUUCGAAGUUUGCCAUUUAUCUAUCUAUAUUUCGCAGUAUGUUUGUUAUCUAUCUAUAUUUAGCAGUAUGUUCGUUAUCUAUCUAUCUAUCUAUCUAUCUAUCUUUCGAAGUAAGUCCGUUAUCUACCUAUCUUUCUAUCUAUCUAUCUAUCUAAUAUUUCGAUGUAUUUCCGUUAUCUAUCUAUCUAUCUAUCUAUAUUUCGCAGUAUGUUGGUUAUCUAUCUAUCUACAUUUCACAAUAUGUAGGUUAUCUAUCUAUCUAUCUAUAUGUCGCAGUAUGUUGGUUAUCUAUCUAUCUAUAUUUCGCAGUAUAUUCGUUAUCUAUCUAUAUUUCGAUGUAUGUCCGUUAUCUAUCUAUCUAUCUACAUUUCGCAAUAUUCGUUUUCUUUCUCCAAUAUUUCUUUUCUUAUUUCACUCAUUCCAUUCCGUGGCAUUGGUAAUAACUAGUUCAUUGCAGAAAGAGAUUAUGGAAUUUGGUAGUUGUGCCAGUCGUUUGUGGAACACUGUGAGAAAUCUCAACAAGCCUAGCAACAGACAUGGAAGAAUUAGAAAACCGAAGGCAAAUCAUUGCUAA